CGGUUAUCGUAAACAAGAAUCUCAGUAUACGAUUUCUUUCUCCAUGUCUCAAUACUCAUACGCUCCACUCUCAGAGAGACUCGACAGCAUUCGCCUGCUUCGUCUGAAGCCGAACGAGAAUGAGCAGGCUGAGAUCGAAUGCGAGCUCUUUGAGUGCUUUCUCCAAGUCUCUGGCAGACUGACGCACCAUUACGAGGCUUUAUCAUACGUAUGGGGUGACCCAAAAGCUACAGUUUCGAUUCGUAUUGAUGAACAUUACCUCAAGCUUACCGAAAAUCUCCACAAGGCUCUGGGACAACUUCGAGAUCCCUUGAUAAUUCAACUUAUGGCGAGGAUUUAUGGCCCAGCGAGUUGUGUGAUUGUCUGGCUUGGAGUAGCGGCAGAUGAUAGCGACCGAGCAAUCGAAGCAAUUCGUACGGUCGCCAGCAAUAAGUCCAACAUAUCCCUGAACGACAAACCGCUCCAUGAAGUGACUCUUAAGCUACUCCAAAGACCGUGGUUUAGGCGCAUAUGGGUACUUGAAGAAGUUGGUGCAGCUCGACAUGUUUUGAUUCGGUGUGGAUCGACAGAGAUUGACGGAUUCGCUUUCUGCUUAGGUGUGGAGCCGUUCAUGAAAUUCUUUGCCGCCUACCCAGCCGUGCAAAGUCUGAUAGAUUCAGUAACCUACCUGAUUAAAGGUGCAACCUUCCGUCCGAAAUAUUCGACCAGUGAAAUCUCUCAAGGUAUCUGUCCUUUGGGUGAACUACUGGAUAAGUAUCAUACACACGAAGCUACGAUGCUCCACGACAAAGUAUAUGCCUUACUAGGUAUGAGCUCUGAUAGCCUCAGCAGAUCUAGCCUGUCGCCUAACUACGGUAUUCCAUGGGAGGACCUCUUGAAACGACUUAUCAAAUUCCUUCUCGGUGAGAAGGUAGACGUGGAGACCUGGAAAGAUACAGAGAUGGCCAUAUUCAAGAGCAAAGGAUGCAUUCUAGGCCAAGUGAAAUCAAUCAGAAGGGCUUCGACGUUCGAUGAUAGACAGGAAGUGAAUAUCAAAUUCACAAAGAGGACCGUGCAAUUAAGAUGGAAGGACCGAGAAGCUUGUUGGAUGCUUCACGUCUCAGCAAAGUCCCUGCGCAAGGAUUUGGAUCUGAAAGGAGAGGGUAUACCUGUCUCUAAGCUGCUUCGAUUGGUAACAAAUUUCUCACGCGAUUUCCUACUCGUUUGGAAUUGGAAAAACUCUCUCGGAGAACUGCAAAAUGCAAGUGAAUACGAAAGAUUCAUGGGGCCAAAUGAGAGAAUCCCGGAUCAGUCGAACGUAGUAAUUGGUGGUUGCUUGACGCAAGCGACUAGGUUAUGGAACGUUGCGUUGAUACUUGAAGAGGUUGGUGAAUAUGCUAAUGUGGAAGGGAGGUUUUAUGAAGCAAUAGAGGGCUAUGAGAAAAUGGUUGGGAAAGAGCACCCAUUCACGUUGAAAGCCAUGGAGAGCCUCGCUUCGAUACACAAUGCCCACCUGGAACGGGACUCGGCAGCGGACCUAUUCGCACAAGUGAUUCAGGCAAGAAAGAGAGUGCAAGGAAUAGACCAUCCUGAUACGCUGAGUAGUAUGGCCAAGCUAGCAUCAACUUAUCAAGAUUUAGGUUACUCGGAGAGAGUAGAGAAAAUAAACAUGAUGAUACGUAUUCUGAAGGGAUAUGAAGACAACAGCCGGUCCUCACAAGAGAAGCUAGUCUAUAUCGCGAAAACAUUUGACCAAGAAGUUAUGGCGCUUUGGAUGAAGCGGAUGGACAAGCCCCGAGUCACCGAAGAGGUAAUCGAGGCCACUGCAGGGAACGAGAAAUUUGGAUUUGGGGCGACUAAGUUUUCACUCGAACAGAUAGGAAACCAAUUUCCGAUCUCGGAAAAGGUGUUGAAGGCUGCAGCAGGGAACGGGGAGAGUGAAUAUGUAGUGACCAAACUCUUACGCGAGAAGAGCAGGGACCAAGUUCAGAUUUCAGAAGCAGUAUUGAAAGCUGCAGCAGGGAACGUAUGGUGUGGUGAUAGUAUUAUGGCGCUUCUGCUAGCAUGGGCGAGGGAUACAACACAGAUUACGGAAGAAGUACUGAAGGCUGCGGCUGGAAAUGAGAAGAGUAGAAUGGAUUUGAUGGAGCUUUUCUCUAGGCAGAAAGGAGAUAAUUGAGGCGAAUCAAGAAACUGGGCAGGUCUGAGAGGAAGUAUGUUGCGCGCGACUAUGGUCAACGCCCGGGAGCGGAGAUGAGUUGUUAUUGACGGAAUGGAGCUCCGAGGAGGGUGCACUUAAAGAAGAGUGGCGGCUAUCGUUAAAAGUGAGAAACCACAAAGCUAAGAUUACAGAGGAAGUGUUGAAGGUUCUGGCUAAGGACAGAAGUUAUGGGAGGUUAAUGUUACACUCUUUGGGCAAUCGAGAAGGGGCUCAUGUCCAAAUGAUAGAAAGGGCGACCUAAGAAUGGAACAGAAAUUUUGAG